AUCAUUUUGCACACAAUUCAAUAUAACCUUUCGAGUUCUGGCGGUGGUACCUAAAAACAACCGAUCGUUAAUCUCAAUUAGCAAAUUUUCUGUCUCUAUCUCCUCCCACCAACGACCAAACCAACAAAAAUGGAUAAACCAUCAUCGGAAAACUUGAUCAUGGUAACCCAAGAACCCAGCACCGGAAUAGCCCAAGUAACCAUAAACCGGCCCAAAUCACUAAACUCGUUGACCAAGCCCAUGAUGACAUCUUUAGCCCAAGCUUUCAAAUCCCUUGACGCCGAUGAAUCCGUCAAAGUCAUCAUCUUAUCGGGUUCGGGUCGGGCCUUUUGUUCCGGAGUUGAUUUAACUGCUGCCGAAGAUGUUUUCAAAGGUGAUGUAAAAGAUGUAGAGGUUGACCCGGUUUUUCAAAUGGAGCGGUGUAGAAAACCCAUAAUUGGGGCUAUUUGUGGGUUUGCUGUUACAGCUGGUUUUGAGAUUGCUCUUGCUUGUGAUUUGAUUGUUGCUGCUAAAGGCACCAAGUUUGUUGACACUCAUGCUAGAUUCGGGAUAUUUCCCUCAUGGGGGCUUUCGCAGAAGCUAUCUCGCAUUAUAGGGCCAAACAAGGCUCGUGAAGUGUCGUUGUCUGCCAUUCCUUUGACUGCAGAGCAGGCUGAAAAUUUGGGAUUUGUUAAUUAUGUAGUUGAAGGCAGUGAACUAAUGAAAAAAGCUAAGGAAAUUGCAGAAUCAAUUGCAAAGAACAACCAAGACCUUGUUUUGAGAUAUAAAUCUGUCAUAAAUGAUGGUCUGAAGCUCAACUUGGGUGAUGCACUUGCACUUGAAAAGGCAAGGGCUCAUGCAUAUUAUGAUGGAAUGACAAAAGACCAGUUUAAGAAAAUGCAGGAGUUCAUAGCUGGACGAAGUUCAGGACGGUCCAAGUUGUAAACCAUGUCAAAAAUUAAAGGUCUGUUUGGUACUAAUGGCGGUGAUGCAAUGAAAUCAUAUGCAAGUUACAAGGAAAAUCACCUACCCAUUAACCAUGGUGAUGUGGUAAUGAAAUGUCAUCUCUAACAUGUGGUUUUUUAUUUUAUUUUUUCAUUUCCACUCAAUACCACCUCUAAAGCGAUAGUAAUACUUUCUGUGUUCACCGUAAGGUUUCCGCUCAUUUGCAUUUGUCUUGGUAUACCACCCACUUAUAUGAAAUUUGCAACAGCAUGUGGGAGUUUGUUUCUUACAGAAGGUUUUGUUGCAUAUAUAUCUCCAAAUUGUUAUUUAAUGUACUAUCUUGGUGCAAGCUGUGGUGUAGGAUAAAAGGUAGAUUGAACACUUUGGUCAUGUAGUAUUCCUUGAACGAUCCAUCGACAUGUCUGGUUUUUCCAAGCUUUUGUUACAUUACCCAAGAACUGUGGGGAUGGCCCAAAGCUACCCAUUUGGAUGUAUAGACUUCACUUUGUAAAAACCAUUUUCAAUUUUCACAACCAUAUAAUGCAAGUUUUUAAUGAUUACAUGUUCA